AAGCUGCAUCAGUAUGAAAUACUGGGAGGAGGAACAAGAAGAACUAGAACAACUAGAAGAAGAAAAACAACACCGACAAGAAAAACUAGCACAACAACAGCUGAAAGGCAAAACAUUAUUAAAUGUAAAUGUAAUCUGAUGUGUUCAGGUUUAAACUCAGGUUCAGUUAUUGAGUGAAAACACCAACAGACUCAGACGUUUAGGACAAACUAAGAGUCAGAUCAGCAGAAACAGAGAACACGGACAUGUCUGCUGUAACUGCGUCACUCUGCUCCACGCUGAUGUUUGUCCUGUUUGUCUCUGCAGUGUGUGUGAAGGAGACACGAGGCUGGGUGGACACUUAACAUCUGUAAUCCAGCUGUGACAGAGACAAAGAAGUGUAAUACCAGAAAACCAUCACAGCUGUGCCUGGAGAGGACGUCAUUCUGCCAUGUCGAGCACUAAACAAGAUCAUAGCUCUAAGGUGGAGCAGAGCUGACCUGGGAGAUGAAUAUGUGCUUUUGUAUCGAAAUGGUCGCUUUGUUCCAGAUGACCAGCAUCCAUCUUUUAAGAACCGGGUGGAUCUGCAGGACAGACAGAUGAAGGAUGGAGACGUGUCUUUGAUUCUGAAGGAUGUGACGAUUAAUGAUGCUGGAACAUACGGGUGUCGUGCCGUCAUGCAAGAAAUAUUCUCAUGGUGGCUCAUCAGAACCAUCUACCUUCAUGUUGUUCCUCCAGACCAGAAAAACAUCACAGCUGAGUCUGGACAGGACGUCACUCUGACAUGUCGAGCUCCAAACAACAAAUUCAUAGGUGUAGAGUGGAGCAGAGCUGACCUGGGAGAUGAAUAUUUGCUUUUGUACCGAAAUGGACAGUAUGUCCCAUAUUACCAGCAUCCAUCUUUUAAGAACCGGGUGGAUCUGCAGGACAGACAGAUGAAGGAUGGAGACGUGUCUUUGAUUCUGAAGGAUGUGGCGAUUAAAGACGCUGGAACAUACAAGUGUCGUGUCUACAUGACAGAAACAGACUCAUGGCAGCUCAUCAGCAUCAUCUACCUUCAUGUUGUUCCUCCAGACCAGAAAAAUAUCACAGCUGAGUCUGGACAGGACGUCACUCUGACAUGUCGAGCUCCAAACAACAUCAGAGUUGCAAGAUGGAGCAGAGCUGACCUGGAAUACAAAAAUGUGCUUUUGUAUGGAGACAACCAAUUUUUUCCAGCCAACCAGCAUCCAUCUUUUAAGAACCGGGUGGACCUGCAAGAAAGACAGAUGAAGGAUGGAGACAUGUCUUUGAUUCUGAAGGAUGUGACGAUGAAUGACGCUGGAACAUACGAGUGUCGUGUCUACAUGGAACAAAUAUUAUCAUGGAAGAUCAUCAGCAUCAUCUACCUUCAUGUUGAUCCUCCAGAUCAGGAAAUGAUAACAGCUGAGUCUGGACAGGACGUCACUCUGACAUGUCGAGCUCCAAACAAAAAGAUCAUAGUUUUAAGAUGGAGCAGAGCUGACUUGGAGCCAAAAUAUGUCCUUUCAUACUGGAAUGGUCACUUUGAUCCAGAUCACCAGCAUCCAUCUUUUAAGAACCGGGUGGAUCUGCAGGACAGACAGAUGAAGGAUGGAGACGUGUCUUUGAUUCUGAAGAAUGUGACGAUUAAUGAUGCUGGAACAUUCGGGUGUCGUGUCUUCAUGGCAGAAACAGACUCAUGGCAGCUCAUCAGCAUCAUCAGCCUGAGUGUUGUUCCUCCAGUCCAGAAAACCAUCACAGCUGUGCCUGGACAGAACGUCACUCUGACAUGUCGAGCUGCAAACAACAACAUCAGAGCUGUAAAGUGGAGCAGAGCUGACCUGGGAGAUGAACAUGUGCUUUUGUACCGGGAUGGUCACUUUGUUACAGUUUACCAGCAUCCAUCUUUUAGGUACCGGGUUGAUCUGCAGGACAGACAGAUGAAGGAUGGAGACGUGUCUUUGAUUCUGAAGAAUGUGAUGAUUAAUGAUGCUGGAACAUACGAGUGUCGUGUCUACAUGGCAGAAACACGCUUAUUAAAGCCCAUCAGCAUCAUCACACUGAAAGUUCUUCCUCCAGACCAGAAAACCAUCACAGCUGAGUCUGGACAGGACGUCACUCUGACAUGUCGAGCACUAAACAAGAUCAUAGUUCUAAGGUGGAGCAGAGCUGACCUGGGAGAUGAAUAUGUGCUUUUGUAUCGAAAUGGUCGCUUUGAUCCAGGCAACCAGCAUCCAUCUUUUAAGAACCGGGUGGAUCUGCAGGACAGACACAUGAAGGAUGGAGACGUGUCUUUGAUUCUGAAGGAUGUGACGAUUAAUGAUGCUGGAACAUACGAGUGUCGUGUUGUCCAGGGACAAGGUUUAGAGAUCAUCAGCAGCAUCUACCUUCAUGUUGUUCCUCCAGAGCAAAAAACCAUCACAGCUGAGUCUGGACAGGACGUCACGCUGACAUGUCGAGUUCCACAAGGCAAACCCAUCAGAGCUGUGAAGUGGAGCAGAGCUGACCUGGGAGAUAAUGAUGUGCUUUUCUACCGGGAUGAGCAGCUGGAUCCAGAUGACCAGCAUCCAUCUUUUAUGUACCGGGUGGAUCUGCAGGACAGACAGAUGAAGGAUGGAGACGUGUCUUUGAUUCUGAAGGAUGUGACGAUUAAUGAUGCUGGAACAUACGAGUGUAUUGUCUUCAUGGCAGAAACACACUCAUGGAAGUAUAUCAACACCACCUACCUUCAUGUUGUUCCUCCAGGUCAGCCAGGAGGACACAGAGUGGAUGGAUCAGUUGGACUGCUCAUUGGUCUGAAUGUUUUUGCCGUGUUUCUUGUUGCUGUUGUUAUUGUUUUUGUGAUCUAUAGGAAAUAUGAACGAGAGAACGGGGAUUUUAACUCCUACUAACCUCUAACCUUAGGAGGUAGAAACGUCUCAGAGGUUUUUCCAGCGUUGAGUCUGCUGCCGCUGUUCAGAGUUCUGGGUGUUGUCAGUGUUUAAAAUCAUACAGAAACAGAUGAGCUGAGCACAGACAGCAGGCCUACAAACCCUGUAUGUAUAUUUCAUUUUUACUCAAUGUUAUUGUCUUGAGGUUUAAAAGAUUGUCCUACUGAUCAACAGACCAAACGGCCUCUUCGGACUUCCAUGCAAACAAGAACUGUUGGCUCCACCUUUAAAAAAUAAGAGGAAGUGAAGCGAUCAUCCAUCUUUGAUUCCUGGUUCACACUGAAACACGAGGAGUCGGAGGGCUUUUCUUCUUCUCUGAUGUGUUUCUGCCUCCUCGUCUGAAGGAGGUGAUAAAGUGAAGGAAGCACAGGUGUGUCCUUAGCAGGAGAGUUUUACCUUCAGUUUUAAUAGAAGGCAACAGCUGGAGGAUAAACAAGUCUUCAUUUUUAUUAGAAGCUUAUUAAACAAAGAUUUCUUCUUUUCUUUAAUGAAACUUUGAUAUUAGUAAAUUACACAGAAACAUCAGUCAGUAGUUACAGGUAUGUAAACACUCACUCACUGUUUUAAAUGUUACCUUCUCUUAUUUCCUACAAUGCAUCCUAAAUUACUCACAUCUCACUCCCUCUCACUGGAGGAGAGGAGUCAAGGAAACAAGGAUUUAAGUGGAGCACAGGUGCAGCCCAGCUACAGCUGUGUUUAUGAUCUCAGGUGUUGCAGUGUUCAUCACGUUUUAUUUUUAUGCUGACUUUAAAUUCACAACAUGGAUCAAAGUGAAAGACUUUGAAGUUUAACUCUUCCUCCCUCCAUGGUUGUACUUGUGUGUCACACCUCUUUGACACAUUAAAAACAAAAGAAGCUUCUGGGAAGGAUCACCUGUGCAGCCUCCUCUCUCCUCCGUCCUCCACAUGUGCUUCUAAUACAUCCUACAACAUGAGAGAAGCAUCACUGAUGAUCUGCUUGUAUCCAUGUUAGUGUUAAAGUCCAACAUCCCCCUCUAGUGGCCAUAUAUAAACCAUGUGUGAGGAGGAUGGUGUUAAUGUAAACUCUGAUACAUUUUUUGUUAUGACUUUAAUAUGAAGGUAAACAUCAAAAUUGCAACAUCAAGGGUUUUUUUGUUUCUUUAUCAAAAAUGUGAAAUCUUGUUCAGUUGUAACUUGUGUGUUUAAUAUUAUACUUACUGAGUGUUGUUCACUGUGAGCUGGACUGUGUGUUUGUGGUCUGUGGUUAACUGAAGCUAACAGCUCUGCAGUCGUCCAGCAUCCUGUUUCUGAGGACAGGGCUGUUUAUUUUAAACACUGGAAGGAACCUGAAGGCAUCAUUUGGAUAAGUAAAAAUAUUAAUGAGAGACACUGAGAUAUCAGUGUCUUUAUUUAAAUUGUGAAUCUGACUUUUAUAAAGUUGAUCAUUUGGUAGUUUCUGUGACAUCCUGACAUGUUGAACAUCAUAUCACACCCAGAAAUAUGCAUGAAAAACCUGCUCCACUUCAACAUGAUUUAUCAACAAUGUUUUUCCACCAUCUUUUUUGCAAUUUCCAAAUAACAUAAAUGUGGUUUUAUUCAAAUUUAGUGAUAACUUAUUUCUAUCAAACCAUGUUUUCAGUUGAAGCAUUUCUUGUGUGAAAAUUCACAAAAGCUCCUGCAAAGUCUCUCCAGCAGAGAAAAUAUUUGUAUCAUCCACAAAUAAAAUAAACUGUAAUAGCUCUGGAUGUUUUACAUAUAUGAUUAAUGUACAGGAUAAAUGUGUCAAACAGAAAAUUUAAGUUGUUCUGGUUUGGUUGAUUGAUUUUUAUGAUAUUGAAUUGAUAAGAAAAUAAAGACUAAACCACAACCUCAGCCUAAAAACAUCUGGCACAACAUUCGGUGUCUUUAAUGAUUUGUUCAAUUUGUUGUAAAGAAUAAAGACCAUUCUCUAGUAGUA